AUGUCGAACCCACUAAGCAGCAUCGCAGUGCCCCAGAGAUAUCGCACGUCCGCGAAUCGUCAGGUACUGAUAUCGAACUAUCCAGAGACGGCACCUGGAGUAACACCGAUCCAAAUUGUGACGCUUAACCGACCGGAGAAGCUGAAUGCAUUCACAAUUGAAAUGAUCAAUGCGCUCGAGGAGUUCUUCACCGUUGUCGAUGUCGACGACCGCGUCAAAGUCAUCAUCUUGACUGGUGCUGGACGAACGUUCAGUGCUGGAAUUGACCUGUCCAUAGAUGCCACUGAACGCAAGAACCCGCCGACCCGUGAGCUGAGAGACCCUGGCGGCACGCUGGCGCUCUCGAUGUACAAUUGCAGUAAGACGAUUAUUGUGGCGUACAAUGGUUUGUCCGUUGGGAUUGGCAUGACUUCGACCCUGGCUGCUGCUAUCCGCGUGGCCAGCGUUAAAUCCGAGUUCGGCUUUCCAUUCGCACGCAUUGGUCUCACAAUGGAGUCCAGUAGCUCCUUCUUCUUGCCACGUAUGGUCGGCUACAGCAAUGCGACGUACCUUUUGACGACGGGAGCAAGACACAAGGCAGAGUCCAGCGUCUUACAAGGCAUCUUCGCAGCACUCGUGCCCGAGCCUCAAGAUGUCUUACCACGUGCUCUUGAAAUUGCGAAAGAUGUUCUUGAGAACGUAAGCACCAUGGCCGCUCACUUGAACCGCCAACUUAUAUGGAGAAACGCGGAUUCCGCCGAGAAGGCUCACUUGGUUGACAGCCCGUUGUUGUAUGACAUGUUUGGCUCGAAGGACCAUCUGGAAUUCAAAAACUCUUUUUUUGAGAAACGCAAGGCUAAGUUCACCGAUCUGCUUUCAGAGGACGCUCCUCGUACAUAUCCUUGGUGGACGGAGCUUUCCGUCUCCACCAAACCAAAGGCUCGGCUUCAAGCAGACUCAAAGUUGUGA